AUGCACACUCGACGUACAAGAUCACAGAAUUUGAUUCAUAUUGACCUUGAAAUCGAGGCUACUGCACGUGAGCAAGGGACUAAGAGGAGACAUAACAAGAAGAAGGAAGCAAUGGGUGGUGAAGCACCUGCCAAAUCUCUUUGGGAAUAUGGUAUACCGGACACAACCAACGGCAUACUUUCUAGUAUUGUCAGACCAGUCGUCACCGCAUCACAUUUUGAACUGAAGCCUGAAUUUAUCCAGUUCAUCUCAAAUGAUUCAUUUUCGGGAUCACCUAAUGAUUGUCCUGUAAGUCAUAUUGAUAGCUUUUUGAAGAAGUGCGAUACAAUGAAAAUCAACAAUGUAAGUGACGAUGCUAUUAGACUUCACCUUUUCCCUUUCUCUCUACGGGAUAAGGCAAAGGAGUGGUUGAGAGAUGAAGGUGCAAGCUCACUUGAUACAUGGGAUAAGCUAGUCAUGGCAUUCAUCAAAUUUAAACGUUUGCAAAGGCAAUGUCCUCAUCACGGGAUUCCAAAGUGGCUCUUGAUCCAGGCUUUCUAUAAUGGGUUGACGCAUGAAUAUCGAAUCUACAUUGAUGCUGCAUCAGGUGGCUCUAUCACGGAAAAGAAUCAAACUGAAGCUAAGGCAUUGAUUGAGAAGAUGGCAGCCAAUGAUAAUUAUCAUCCCAGUAGUCGGAACAGUGUUAGAAAGGGAGGUAAGUAUGAUUUAGAUGCUCUAACUAUGUUGACUAGUACUGUGCAGGCUUUAUCACAUAAGAUCGAUCAAUUUGGAGCUGGCUCUUCAUCAGUGGUUGCCUCGUGUCAAAUUUGUGGGGUGCAAGGACAUACGCCAAUUCACUGUCAGUUUAACACUUCAAGAAACACUUACCACUCUGGUGGAAAUAAUAACUUUCACCCAUUCAACUCCAAUUUCGCCCAACAAUCUGGUUUUCAACAGGGGUCACCCAUUAGUCCACUACAACCUCAAACUUCUAAGCUUAAUCUUUAUUCUAUUUUGGAGACUCUUGCUACUUCUCAAGUGAUAGAAACCCAACUUGUUCAACUUUCUCAACAAGUGAGUCAUUUAUCAAAACCUCGAGAUCCACCAAAAGUCCAUAAUGAGCAGUGUAGUGCGAUAUUUCUUAAAGAUGAUGGAGAGGUUGUUGAAAGAUCUAUUGAGAAACAUGGGGAAGUGCUUAGAAUGAUCAAGGAGAAGGGUGUGAGAGAAAAUGUUCCCAUUUAUGUUGCUCCACCCUCGUACGAGGAACCUGUGCCCUUUCCUCAAAGGUUGACUAAGGGUUUGCUGGAUAAGCAUUGUGGGAGAUAUUCUGAGACUCUUAAAAAGGUAUAUGAAACUAUCCCUUUUUCUAACCUUUUGAUUCAAAUGCCUAAAUUUGCUAAGUUUUUGAAAGAAAUAUUAGCUAAUUAUAGGAAAUAUGAAAAAACAGAAAAUGUGACAAUUAAUGAGCAGUGUUCUACCUUGAUGCAUGAGAACUUACCACCUAAACUGAAAGACCCUGGAACUUUUACUAUACCCUGCAUGAUCAAUGAAACAUAUUUUGAUAGGGCCUUAUGUGAUUUAGGUGCUAGUGUCAAUUUAAUGCCCUAUUCUCUAUAUGAGAAAUUAAGUUUGAAGGAGCUUAAUGACAUAUUUCCUUCACUUAAACCUUCUCAUAUAUCUCUUCAACUGGCUGAUAGAACUGUUAGAUUCCCUAAGGGUGUAGUGGAAGAUGUGUUAGUAAAAGUUGGUGAAUUUGCUUUUCCUGUUGACUUUGUUGUAAUGGACAUGAAAGAAGACUUUGAAAUUCCUUUGAUCUUUGGUCGUCCAUUUUUAGGUACAAGUCAAGCUUUAAUAGAUGUCUCGAGAGGACAAAUGAUCAUUAAAGCUCAAGAUAAGCAGGUCAUAUUCAAGAUCUUUGAUGAUCCAAAUUUCACUUUUGGUGGGGGUACUUGUAUGAGAAUUGAUGCUACUAAUCCCUUGGUUGAUAAGUGUGUACAGAACAAAAAUCAUUUGAGCAAAGAAGACAUAUCCACAUCAUCCAAUGGGUAUGACUACAAGAAAAUAGGUGUUGGUGUUGAUUUUGUGCACUCCAAUCUGAAAGAGUUAUUGGGAGGUAGAUCUAAUUUCAAGUUUCAACGUGGAACUUUCUCUUCCCCGAAUGAUCCUGGUUGA